AUGCCCUUUGAGGACCUCCUGUCCGUCCUUGGCGAAGAAGUCAACGACGCGGACGAAGGUUCGCUCCAUGUCCCUCUCCCAGGCUCCAGCCAACUAACCAGCCCGCCUGCCCCAGAAACAUUCCUCCUGUACUCGACUCCCAUACCCUCGCAAAACCUGGGCUUCAUCGACCCCAAAGCCACAAGCCUCGACAUUACCCUCGCCGACAGAGACUUUACUAUUUAUCAGAGUCCGACGGUGCUAGGAUCCACGAGGGUCGGGGGCACCACCGGCGCCGUGCUAUGGCAGGUCGCGCCCCUUUUCGCAGAGUGGCUCUCAUCGCCGACAAACCCCCUCUUCACCAGCGGCAUCCUCACGCCGUCAUCCACCGUGCUCGAGCUGGGGUGCGGCGUCUCCCCGCUCAACGCCCUUGCCGUGGCCCCCAGGAUAUCGCAAUACGUCCUGUCCGAUCAGAACUACGUGCAGAAACUCGUUGCGCGAAACCUGUCCGCGAACGCACUGCCCGCCCGCAGGCCCAGGUCCGAGGCGGGAUCGGAAUCGACGCGCACCGAGAGUAUACAGUUCCGGCCGCUGGACUGGGAGCGGCAUCAGGUCACGCCGUCACUCGCAGCCCCCGCCUCGUCGUUUGACGCUGUGCUCGCGACGGACUGUGUGUACAACUAUGCGCUGGUGGAACCGUUUGUGCAGACGUGCGCGGAUGUUUGUGCUCUGCGGAGGGCGGCGGCGGAUGGCAACGGGGCCGGAGAGGGCCCGUGUUUGUGCGUUGUCGCGCAGCAGUUGAGGAGUGACGACGUUUUCAGGUCGUGGUUGGAUGCGUUUAUGACGAGGUUUCGGGUCUGGAGGGUGAGAGGAGACUCGUUGGGCGGGCUGGGGAGGGACGGGUUUGCUGUGCACGUCGGAGCUUUGAGGGACGACCAGUGA